AUGCACCGGUACCUCCAGCGGACUGUCCCUGUAGCAACCGUACCCCUAAACAUGUCUAGCAGCCUGAGCGCUGAAUUUACAACUGCCGACGCCGCCCCUCUUUUAGAGUCUCGGUUCUUGCACCGCCUUCGUGCGGAGCUCUAUCGAAAAGAGAGAGCUGAGGAACUGCGCGCAGACACAGCCAAGCGGGUCAUCAAAGCGGCCCUCAGUCACUGGGUGCAGGCGCGCCGGCUUCUCCACCGACAUCUUUCCCUCUACAGUAGUGUGAAGUCAGCCUGCGAGUUCAAUCCCCUUCGCGCCGCCGAGCUGGACGCGGCUCUCUGUUCCAUUCAGGCUUCGCUGCGGAUGUACGGGAGCCAUCACCUCGUCGAGGCGCGCCGCGCAAAGCUCCUUCAACAGACGGCCGUUCGUGUACUCGAGCGAGCGUGGCGGAGGACCCCGCACUACGCUGCGUCGAUUCGGCAUAUCAACGACCGACACAUGCGUGAGGUGCUGUGCCGCCAGGAGACUGUGGAGCGUCGCGAUCUGCUGUUGCGGCAUCUUCUCUUCAUGAUCCACUGCCACCAGACAUUCUUCAAUGACCCACGCAUGUGGGAUGCUGGGGUGGCAAUUCGGCGCAUCCCUCUGUACACGCAGCACGGCCUGUUGUCAACUGAGGGGUCGAGCAUGGCCUGGGGUACUGCAGUGCCCUUGUUACCAUUGCCGAGAGUCAUAGUAAACUCAGUUGCGCCGUGCGGCGACGCUGUUGCGCAGGAGGAGCAGGCGACUGCAUCACCGCGGCGACCGGAGACGUCACCGCUCUCUGCGACUGACAACGCCAACGGAAGCACCAGUGCCUGGGGCUCACCAGUGCAAUCGCGCCCGAGCCUUUUAGCAAACAUCGGUAGCAGCUCGUAUGCUGGCAAAGAGGAGGGCGACGGCCGUCUUGACAUCGAUGAAGCUCUGCGCCUGUGCGAGUACCGCCUCGUGUUUUCGCCGGAGGAGCGGCAGCUUCUCGAGGAAGUGAAGGCGUCGUUACUAUACCCUACCUCGCCCCUCUUCAGCAGCGAUGCAGAGGUGCGACGUGCAGCACACGCCACCGCUGGACUGAUGAAGAGUGACAUGGGUGCACUUGCCGCGUCUCCGGGCGAGCUACAGGUGGCCUCGGCUGAGUCUGCAGUCAAUACUGACAGUUCGCUGAGCUACGCCGCAGCCUUCGCGUCGGCCUUGACGUUUAUCCGACGGCCGCGUAUUUUCGAUGCGAGUCGGCGGUGCACUGUGCAGCACCUACGCGACAUCCGCAGUAAUACUCUGGAGAUGCAGCAGCAGCUGCGCGCGCACGGCUACGUCUCUGCCGCGCUCGUGGCACCGUUUCUGAGAUUUGGACUCCACUACCAAGGGCUAGCACGAGGGGACACCGACUUGUCCUGCUUUACCACCACUGCAGGCAUGAGAACGUGCAGGCCGCUGGUGGCCGGCCGCGUCGCGUGCGCUGCGACUGAGCUGCGUCGGUGCCUCGUAGGAGCGGUGCAAGGCCUCGGCGGCACGGCCGACUCUGUGCUGCCUGUGGUAUUGGAGGAGCAAAAGUGUCGUCUUCAGGCUGUCGCGCGCAUGGCGCGUCAGAGGCCACUACUGAAGGGCAUGGCCACGUCAACGCCGUCGGAGCUGCGCGCAGCUCCGACGGCGGGACUCAUGCGCGACGGUUUCGCGAAUCCUGCGACUGAGGCGCUCUGCAAUGGUCCUGCGAAGCAUACGCAGCGCCUAGGCGUUGCCGAUCUCGCGCGCGCGUCGUCACACACGGCGUCACGGCGGGGGAGCGCGGUGACCAUCGCCCUGGUUGCCGAGGGGAGUCGGCGGCUGACGACCAGUACAGAUGUCGUCGGCCCCUACUGGCGAGAGUUUCUCUUCGCCAAGGGAGUCGAUGCGUUUGUGACCGCCGCUCGCAAGCAGGGCGAGGCGCCUGGUAAAGCCGAUGCGGCGUACCAGACUGACGCCUCGUCGCUGUCACCACCACUGCCGAAGCGGGUGCGACGCGGUCUCGAAUCGCGCCUUCUCCCUGGUGCCUCAUCGUUUCUCUUACGGGAUUUCACGCCGUCGUUAAUGCGAUGCCACCCACCCAUUCGCGCUGGUCCGCCGCCUCACGAUGCCGCCACCGGUGCUGUUGCUCUUGCCAUCGUGCCUGCAGGAACCUCGUCGUCUUUGCUGUCGAUGCCCACGUCCACAAUGACGCAUCCCGCGGAAUGGUGGGAUGCCAUGGAGCGGUUGCUCCUGCAAGAGUACACGGACCGCACAGAGCUCUUGAGAAAUGAGGCAGUGCAGCACAGCUCCAUCGAUGCACUGCGUCGCAUGACCCCUCCAUCUGUGUAUGAGUCUGUCGCGGGGGCAUAG